AUGACGGACAAGGAAGAAGAUUCUAACACGAUCUCCAUCGAAGUUGCCCAGGAACCAGCGACUAGGAUUCUUGGUUUCGCGCCACUACAGCUAUCCGAUGAUAUCUACAAUGUUGUCAAUGAUAAUCUGGGUCGAAUGAUUGAUGACUUUGGAGAGAAACUACUGGAGCGGUACCAAACCAAACUGGAUCCGUCCCGUGUGGAAAAGUUGUUGAAUGUGUGCAAGUACAAGCUGCAACUCCAACAAGAUUAUCUGUUCGACGAGUUUGAUAAAUACCUCGUCGGUGACUUACUAUCUGUUGAUCCGAAUGUUGUCCUCGAGGAGGACCGGUGUCAGUUGACGUAUUCCGAAAAGAAAGCACAUUUGGUUGAAGCUCGUAUAGAUACCUAUACAAAACGCCUGGUAACACUUAACGCCUGUAGCACCCUUUUGGACCAAAAAUCGGCCGAACUCAAAUGUAUAGAGAAGCACUUGGCGUCUUUCAACAAAUUGUUGUCCGACACGAUCCAGACCAGUUUCGGUGUAGAUUCGAUUGAUGAUCUCUGUCUCCUGGUCCUUGAACGAACCAGAUCGUUGAUGCGACUCUGUUCGGAAUUCCGUGACGCCUUUGACACCUAAUUGAAUUGUUGUGUGUUUGUGACAACUUGUCUCCUGGUCCUUGAACGAACCAGAUCGUUGAUGCGACUCUGUUCGGAAUUCCGUGACGCCUUUGACACCUAACUGAAUUGUUGUGUGUUUUGUGACAACUUUUGUACAGCCAUGUUAUUUUUUCUAUUUUUCAUGCUACUAGAUGUCCU